UGCCAAGUUUCCUACGGGAUCCCCUUUUUGAUUCACAGGUGGUGGGAACGUGAGGUGUUUCGGGUUGCAGCAGAGGACAAAACGAUGGAAGAGGACAGAGAGAGAUGGUCUCUCAAGGGAGCAGCAGCUUUAGUCACUGCAGGCACCAGAGGAAUCGGGCAUGCCAUAGUCGAAGAAUUAGCAAGGUUUGGAGCAGCGGUGCAUACCUGCGCUCGGAAGGAGGCAGAGCUGGAGAAGUGCCUGCAGCGAUGGGGAGCCAUGCAUCUCAAGGUCACAGGCUCUGUCUGUGACGUCUCAUCUCCGACCGAGAGAGAGAAGCUGGUGGAGAGAGUCAAGUCCAUCUUCAACGGAAAGCUCAACAUUCUGGUUAACAACGCCGGAUCAGCGAUCUGGAAACCGGCCACGGAGCAGACUCCGGAGGACUACAAAUUCGUCAUGAGCACCAACCUGGAGUCUGCCUUCCACCUGAGCCAGCUCGCCCACCCUCUGCUCAAGGCCUCGGGAAGUGGCAGCAGCAUUGUCUUCAUCUCCUCGGUGGUAGGGUUGGUCGGCUUCGACGGAAUCUGCCUCUAUUCAGCAACCAAAGGAGCCAUGAACCAGCUUUCGAGGAGCUUGGCCUGUGAGUGGGCAAAGGACGGCAUCCGAGCAAACUGCGUCGCCCCCGGCUGCAUCAGGACGUCUGGAAUUGAGAAGUUGCUUGAGGACGAGGAGUUCGUGGCAAAGGAGAGCGGCCGCGUCCCACUCGGGCGGGUGGGAGAGCCGGAGGAGGUGGCGGCGGUGGCGGCUUUCCUUUGCCUCCCCGCUUCCUCCUACGUCACUGGCCAAGUCAUCGCUGUUGAUGGAGGCCGAACUGUGAACGGCAAUGUGUGAGACUCAGCAGACGAUACUAGUGCUUCAUAACGUCGUGGUGAUCACUUUCCCAAUAAUGUAAACCAGAAUAAGAUGUGGCAUUACCGAUGAUGAUGAAUAAAAGUUGUAAUAGAUUGUCUCUUGUAUUUUCUAUUAUAUAAUAUCACAUACUACCUUAUCCAA